AAAGGUCACCAAGGUUUCCAGCUUCAACUUCUUCCUCAAGAAUGGGUUCAGUCUCUGAAACUUGAUAUGCAUACGGUGAAGGUAGUCCCUGCUAUUGAACUCAAUGAAGCGUUGCUUGCAUAAGAAUCCCAACCUUGAACCAGGGUCAAGCUCAGUUGCUCAAAAAGUCAACUGAGGUAACACUCUCCUGCUUCUUCCUCAUUGUUCUUGCUGUUCUUGGCUCUUUUCAAUCCUCAAUUUUAUGUCUUUUGAGUUUAAUUUGGUGUUUAGGGUUGUGUAGAAGUUAGGGAUUAUAGCUUAGAUAAUGUUAUGAUAGAAUUUUAGUUCCGAGUGACUCUUGUGCUAAUUCCUCAUUGAUAUUGACUUGGUCACUUGGGCUGUUCCUCAAUUUUGGAUGAGUAUAACUCUUGCAGAAGAUUUGGGUUAGGUUUGAAUUAGUAUAACUCUUGCAGAAGAUUUGGGUUAGGUUUGAUUUAGGGUUUAUAGUUUGAGAGAAAUUAGGGGUUUCAGCUUCAAUAAAGUUCAUGUUAUCUAUCACUUAUUGAAUAUGUAUUCAAUUUUCUGUUGGUAGUGUUGUUUAAAGAAAGAAAUGAACUCCAAUUUGACUCAACAUCAGAUUGUGCAAUCCCCAGCUAGGCUAGGCCUGGCAAAUCCCACUUCACCAUCUCUGCAAAACCCUAAUCCUCCAAAACCAACUUCACUGCAAUCCAAUGCUUCUUCAACUCUUAUUUCUCUCCUCCCACCUCUCCCUAGAGCACAGUCCCUUCUUGUCCAAAUGGCCUCUCUAGCCUCCAAGCUGUUUGAAGUUUCGCCUAACCGAUCCCUCUGGGUCAAUGCAUUUCGUGGCUCGCUCCCUACCUUCCUGCCUUCCCAAAGCCAAUCAGUUCCUGUAACUGCGGUCGACUCUAAUCCGUCCUCCAUCAAAGAAAUCUUGGCCCAGUUCUCGGUGCUCCAAACUCAGCUCUUUGAGGCUGUUGCCAAGCUCCAGGAUAUACUUGAUCUUCAGGACUCUAAGCUGAAAAUUGCGCGUGAGAUACGAUCCAAGGAUGCUGCACUUCUUGCAUUUUCAAAGAAACUUAAGGAUGCCGAGCAGAUUCUUGAUAACCUGGUUGAUGACUACUCAGACUUUCGGCGCCCCAAAAGGAUGAAACAGGAGGAGGAUGAUGCAGAUGAUGAGGAAUCUUCAUGCACUACUACUGUUGCUUCUAAGUUGAAGUUGUCGGAUAUUAUGUCAUAUGCUCACCGGAUAAGCUACACAACCUUUGCACCACCAGAUUUUGGUGCCGGACAAGCUCCUCUUCGUGCAGCACUCCCACCUGCCCCACAGGAUGAGCAAAUGCGUGCUUCUCAGCUGUACCAUUUUGCAAACCUUGAUGUGGGAUUACCCAAGACAGUUGAGAGCGAAGAGAAAACAUUUGAUGCAAUAAUGGAGCCCCCACCUCCACAACCAACAGAAUACAAUCAACAAGCUGGAAUGGCUCCACUUCAGGGAAUACUACCUCCAAAUUUCACAAUUCCAGCGCCCCCACCUGGAUGGAAGCCUGGAGAUCCAGUGCCAUUGGACUCUUUACCCACACAAGUACGGGGUAAUGCCCCUCAAGGAAUACAUAAUCCACCUGCAACAAUACAGGUUCAGCAUGUUCAGCUUGAUAUUCUGGAUCAAGACGAUGAUAGUAGUGAGUAUAGUAGCGAUGAGGCAAGCUCCGAUGAUGACGAUUAAUUGAAGUGUUUUGCUGGAGUACUGAAACAAAAGGUGUAGAGAAUUAAUUGGAAGUCGCUGCAGAGAACGAACUUUAUCAGCUUGGAAUCAUCACAUAACACUUGAUAUGAGAUUUAUGUACAUUUCUAAUUUCUGAAGUAGAUUUAGAUCAGUAGUGUGUACUUGGAGUUUAUAUAGCGACGCAGAUGUAUCUGUUGAUCUUACGGUCUCUUCAACAUUGGCUAGAGAGCUCAGGACUCGUGAAGUUUGUAGUUCAAGCAUAAUCAUGAUUUGAAUAACACAUUCUCUUAAC